AUGUCGCAAAAGCAGUCUCACCCAGUGCAAAUGGGGCCGAUCGAACCAAAUCAGCGACUACAGAAGUUAAUCGCUGAUAGUCAACGCGUUUCGAUCGAUCCGACAAUGCCCAUCACGCGGUAUUACCGUUCGGGCAAUCAAAUAGUCGAAACGGCUGAUCGAUCGCUGCGGGAAGGCAACCUAGAGAAAGCGUUUACGUUUUAUCUCCGUUUUGUCACCAUAUUUGUAGAGUUAAUCCUAGAUCAUCCGGGUUACAAGUCCGUGUUGCCUGUGGACAAGCAGCAAACAAAGGAGAAAAUCAAAAAAAUAAUCCCAAGGGCUGAAGAGAUUCGUAAAAAACUCUUGGAAAAAUACCUUGCCGAGUAUGAGUUGUAUGUAAAACAUUUGAAGUUGCAGGCUGAGCAAGAAGAAGAAGAUCGUAAAAAAGCUAAAACGUUGCAAGCACUGGAACCCAGCACGUCAAAAGUUGCUCCAACCGUUUCUUAUGCAGCUAGUGCGCCAAGUCAAGUGGCAGUUAUUUCGGACAAUGACGUUAAGCUGAUCAACCAAGUUCUAUAUCCAAGCGACUUUCUAACAGACAGAAGUCAUUCAAGCGCGCUCCCAACAACAGGGCUACUGCUAGCAGGAGAAGACCGACGUUUCGACCGUGCAUUAAAACCACAAACCAUGCGUCAACCAGCAAGUCUUGCUUCCGAGUUCCGGUCUAUAGUUGUGCCGUCCAACACGAUGCAGAAAUUUCUGGAGUUAGCCGCUGCCAACACGGCAGCAAACUUGGAAACGUGCGCCAUAUUGGCUGGUAGAUUCGAAGACAAUGGUUUUAGCUUAACUCAUGUGAUAUUUCCAAAGCAGAGCGGUACAUCAGAUAGUUGUAACACAAUGAAUGAAGAGGAAAUCGCGGUUGUGCAGGAUCAGUACAAUCUGAUCACGCUUGGAUGGAUUCAUACUCAUCCAUCUCAAACAGCAUUUCUUUCUUCAGUGGAUUUGCACACGCAUUGUUCCUAUCAACUGAUGUUGGAGGAAGCUAUCGCCAUUGUGUGCUCGCCUAAGUAUGGAGAAACUGGAUUCUUCAAUCUCACUUCGUACGGGAUGGAUUAUAUUUCGCAGUGUCGUCAAACAGGAUUUCACCCGCACACAAAUGGGCAAUCGUUGUUUGUCGAGGCCCAGCAUAUUGUUAUGAGCGAUAUUCGUGAUGCGAAAAUAAUCGAUUUACGAUAAUUAAUUGUGCCUACUUUUAUAUACAGCUUUCGCCGAAACAAUGCGUGUCGCAUGGCUCCAACUAUACGCUGUAACAUUUAAAUCGUAUGAUUGUUGAUGUUUUCUCUUGCGCUUUAUUUAUCUAAUAAGAACUAUAUUUGGAACGCUGAAUUUAUAGAUUGUUUCGCGAGCGUCGCUUAGCUGUUGGUAUAUUGCUUACCAUUUGUAUUAUAAUAACUUACACCUACUUAGAUCUACAACGAAGAGGGACUCAUACGCGCCGUUUAAUGAGCGUUGAACAGUUUUGAUACCAUUUCAUCCCAAACGAAAUCACUUUCAUUGGCUUUUGAAGGACAUGUAGAAUUUGAGCGUUACCAUCU